CUGUCAACCGGGCUAAUUCAUCCAGAAGAACACAGGGUACAGCUCCAUGUUCAUCAUUCCAUCAUAAUGAGAGGCGCCCCUGGUCUGAGCUGAAGUGGUCCUAGCCCAGUGCAGCUCAUGGUGGCUGCAGCCCAGGAGUUGGAUGAGCUCUGCUACCUCUCAGCUCAGUCCUUACCCAGUCUGAAGGUGUCUGAACACUUCCAUGUGAUCAAAAAGCUCGGAGAAGGCUCCUACGGCAAAGUGAUGCUGGCAGUGCACAAGAAAAGAGGAUCCCCAAUGGCUCUUAAGUUCUUUCCUCAAGAGACCACUACACUGGCAUCUUUUCUGCGCGAGUACAACCUGUCCCUGUCUUACUGCACCCACCCGUCCCUCACCCGGGCGCUGGGCAUCUUCUUCUCCACCACAGACUACUACGUGUUUGCUCAACAGGCCGGGCUCUACGGUGACCUCUACAGUGUCAUCGUGUCAGAGGUUGGUUUGGCGGAGGAGCGUAUUCAGGGGGUCAUGGCCCAGCUGAGCGGAGCAGUCACUCACCUCCACUCCCUCGGCUUCGUCCACCGCGACAUUAAACCUGAAAACAUCUUCCUCUGCGACAGCUCAUGCAAAUGGGUUAAACUAGGUGACUUUGGCCUGGCACGGGCUGUGGGAUCCACUGUCCGGGCAGUGUGGUACGAAUCCCCGUUCUGCACCCCUGAAGUGGAACCAGCUAAGGAGGCGGAGAAGGAGUUUGAGCGGAGGAAAGCAGAAGGCACGGAAGAUGAGAUGGAAGACAUAUGGAUCACGGUUGAACCCAGUAUUGAUAGCUGGGCUUUGGGUGUGCUGACCUACUGCCUGCUAACUGGUUGUUUCCCUUGGGAGGAAAGCACACUUGACGACCGUGGUUAUAAAAGAUACAAGCAGUGGUUUGAGAUGGAGAAAGAGAGAGCUCAUGACAAAACAGACUGCUACAAAACCAUGGAGCAACAUUACAAGAAUAACCCACCCCCCUCACAGUUCAGAGGUAUCAGUCCUCUCGCUAUGGCCCUGUUUAAAGAGCUGCUAACCCCAGACCCCAAAGAGCGCAGUAAUCCGGAGGAGAUCCUGAGCUACCUGGGCGGUCCCUGGCUCCGAGACAGUGAGAGGGAACAGAGAAGGAGGGCAGAGGAGGCACAGAAAGAGGCGCAGAAGAUCAGAGACACUGCGGGUUUGAAGGAGGAGCUGCUCAGGGAGGGCAAAGGAGAGAGAUAAAUCUAUACUGCACUUGUAUAAGCUCUUAUGUACUGUACACUAAA